AUGGCCUGUAAUUUCUCGAGCGGCGCCGUCUACAUAGACGAACGAGUCCAGACGGAACGAUGGAUAUAUCGAGAUACGAUCAACGCAUCUCAAAGCAUAUCCGAUUUGAUGCCUGAAGAACCUACCACACUGCAAGUAAACGUGCAAUCGUUGCUCGAUGUGUGCUCGCAGAUUUACCUCUGUCACUCCGGCAAAUCAUUUUCCACAACCCUGGCCGACUUACAUGAACUCAGCCUGUCGAGUAGCGGUCCCGUGUUUGCUUUCAUCGAUAUCGACUCAAAUACCGAGGCCGUCGCAUUGCGUCGACGGGGAGGUCAGGAUCCUACAAGCAACUUGAGCGUUGGAAAUGGAAAUCCGUCAUUCAAGGGGUUCUCGUUUUUGUCUGAAUCAGCCAACUCAUACGGCGUUCAGCUAUUGGCUCUGCUAUCAUCCGAUCUGCAACUGCAAGAAGGCCCGAAACUAAUCCUUCCUGUGGCCCUUUUACGGUCUUCCGAGGAGAGCUCAGACGGCGGUGCCGAGUUCGAUCCCGAUGCCGAAGCCUAUUGCACCGACCAGUCAAUGGAUCACAAUUGUCCGAUUCUUUCAUCCAGUCAACAAAUUUCUCUGCCGCGCUGUCUAGAUGCUGGCGCAGUGGACGUCAUUUGUCAACCAUUACAACCCCUGCGAGUUCGGGGUUUGAUGGUCCAUGCCAUCCGGGCUCGUCGGGCUGCCCAGAGAGAGAUGUCCCGAUUUAUGGCCGUGAAGAAAUCAAGAAAACAGUCAUGGGUCGGACUCCACAACGAAAAGCCGUAUGCAUACUUACGAGAGGUUAUGGUCUCGAAGCUUAUGAAGUCGAUAUGUAACCCCGAAGAAGCCAUCGAAGAAUUCCAUGAUAGUGACUUGGAUAUCACACCCGAGCGAAAGGCUUUUGUAGAACGCAUCGUCGGUGAAUGGGGAUUCUGCGCGCACAGUUUGACCGAAGAUGAGCUUGUACAUGCGGCUUGCACAAUGCUUACACACGCCAUGACAAUGCCAGGACUCGAGGCCUGGAAAUUGACUGAAGAUGAAUUGCGCACCUUUUGCCUUGCUAGCCGGGCAGCGUAUAAUUCUUUUGUCCUAUAUCACAACUUUCGCCACGCUAUAGACGUCUUGCAGUCAGUCUUUUGGAUUUUACUUAGGAUCGGUGCUCUUCCCCCCGUCAACGCCUCUCACGAGUCGCCUUCACCAAUCCCCAAAUCACCGGUGGCAGAUUUGAUCACACCCCACGAUGCCCUUACUCUCUUGAUAUCGGCUAUCGGGCACGACGUUGGCCACCCAGGAGUGAACAAUGUGUUCCUCAUCAAACUCAAUGCGCCUUUGGCUCAACUGUAUAACGAUAGCUCCGUUUUGGAGGCGUUUCACUGUGCUGCCUUUUCCCAAAUUCUCCGCCGUCAUUGGCCUGCCGCUUUUCGCGAUACAAACCUACGCAAACUCAGCAUUAGCACGAUUUUGGCAACAGAUAUGGGCGUACAUUUUAAAUUUAUGGGAUCCUUGGCUGAAUUGCAAUCAAAAUACCAUGCGAACGAGGAUCUGCAAACAUGGUCACCACAAGACCGUGAUACUUACAAGACACUCAUGUGCGGUCUAAUCAUCAAAUGUGCCGACAUUAGCAACGUGGCUCGACCUUGGAAAAUAGCUGAACAAUGGACCAACAUUCUCCAAGAAGAAUUCGCCCACCAAGGUGAGAUGGAGAAGGAGGUGGGCAUAGAGACUGCUCUCUUUGGAGGCCCCCCCGAAUUAGGCAACGUGCUCAAGCUUGCUACCGGUCAAAUAAACUUCAUGUCCAUAUUCGCUUUGCCCCUCUUUGAAGGGGUUGCCGAUCUGUGCCCGCGAUUAGGUGCCGCUGUUGAGCAAAUCAAGUCCAAUAGGUCGACAUGGCAACAAAUCAUCGACCGUGAGGAGCAGCGAAACCUUGUUGUUCCCGAUGCCGAUUCCGAUGAGCAACGGUCGCCAAGGUCCCUUAGUCCCGCCAAGCCAGAAACAACAGCUCUUUCAACUGUGCAGGAGAAUGAUAUUAUAGUAGCGGAAGGUCCGAACGCCGAAAUCACACUGGACCAACCGCCGGAUGAGUCAGUAUCUGCCCCGUCGCUUACGGCUCAGCAAAAGGUCGCCGAGAGCACGAUAGAUCUGUCUCAGACCACUAUCUCGGGCUUCCAAACACCUGCAAACAACGACAAAACCAUUAUUUCGUUCGAAUCCCCAUCAAGUCAUGAUGAAAGCACCGAGGAUUCCUCAGAGGCAACCCUCGCGACCUACACCGGCGCACAUUAUAGGGGUGUCUCUAAUACCUCUAACCCUGUAUCCCGACCUUCCAGUUCUUAUGGUAUCGGCAGAGACACGAGAACACAAAGUGAAAGCACUUGUGCUAACACUGUCGCGACUCCCGUUUCACCCGCUACUAAUGCAACCAGCUUCGUCACCUUGGACAGCGGUGAUGAAAAGGACAACAUCAGUGGCAGUGGUCUAAGCAGCAGGAGCGAUGUCUAUCCGCUGGAUGACGACCACCGCCCUUCUCGUCCAUCAUCGUCAUUAGGAUUGUAUGCCGUGUCAGAUCGGCAAUUGCCUGAAUCGAAAGGCCUAUAUUUCCCACAAAAGCCACGUUCUUCAGACCGUCUCAGAGAGCUCAGCAAAAGCCAUCAUGUGAUGUCAACAUUCCUUGAAAAUGCACUCGGCCGAAACCCUUUGUCGGCGGAAUGCGUACCACACACUCAUACCAAUGGCGAUGAGUCGUCCUCGCCUCAUCAUCGAACGAUUCCACGCAAGAAAAGCCGUCUUCGACUAGCUUUCUGGAGACGAAAAAUCCAGAGCCAGCAACAAGCGGAUAAUGAAUACUGA